CGCCAGCCUGGGGACUCCGGAUCCAGCCGCCCGGGCCGCAGCAUGGGGCGCUUCCGCGGGGGCCUGCGGUGCAUCAAGUACCUGCUGCUCGGCUUCAACCUGCUCUUCUGGCUGGCCGGGUCCGCAGUCAUUGCCUUUGGACUAUGGUUUCGGUUCGGAGGCACCAUGAAGGAUUUCUCAUCAGGAGACAAGUCCCCAGAGUAUUUCUACAUGGGGCUGUACGUGCUGGUCGGAGCCGGCGCCCUGAUGAUGGCUGUGGGCUUCUUCGGGUGCUGCGGAGCCAUGCGGGAGUCGCAGUGUGUGCUCGGAUCCUUUUUCACUUGCCUACUAGUGAUAUUUGCUGCUGAAGUAACCACUGGAGUGUUUGCUUUCAUAGGCAAGGGUGUGGCUAUACGACAUGUCCAGACCUUGUAUGAAGAGGCUUAUAAUGAUUACCUUAAAGACAAGGGAAUGGGAAAUGGGACUCUCAUCACCUUCCACUCAACAUUUCAGUGCUGUGGAAAAGAAAGUUCUGAACAAGUCCAGCCCACGUGCCCAAAGGAGCUUCCAGGACACAAGAAUUGCAUUGAUGAAAUUGAGACCGUAAUCAGUGUUAAGCUUCAGCUCAUCGGAAUGGUCGGUAUUGGAAUUGCAGGCCUCACGAUCUUCGGCAUGAUAUUCAGCAUGGUCCUCUGCUGUGCCAUACGAAAUUCACGAGAUGUGAUAUGAAGCUACUUCUACAUGAAAAUUGCUCUCUAGAGCUUUCAUGUAAAUGUCAUGAGCUGUUUCCUGGUGCAUUUUUAAGAUUCAAAGGACAUUAGGAUCUAAAAUAAUUUGCUGUUGAUUGUACAUUUGCACAUGUAUGUAUGCUUGGCUCAUUACUGAUUUACCCCUCGAGUGAAUGCCUGUGUACGUUGCCUGAGAGCACAUUCGUGUGUGAUCUGUGUGCUUCCGGCAUAUGCAUUAUACAGAAUGAAAUUGGUUUGCUGGGAAUUCCUGAUUCUUGUUAUACAGUGAGAGAAAUAACCUAUUUAACUCUCAGAAAAAUAUAAAAAUAACUUUGAGAAACUUUAAAAACUUGGCUAUUCAAAAAAAAAAAAGGUAAUGGAUUGGUUUCUCAGAGGCUAGCCGCAGAAAGUUAGG